AUGGCGACAAUUUCUGGAUACAGGAAAUUAGCCUUCUUGAGAUUGGGAGAUGUAGUUUGGACUCCUGUAGAGUCAAACAGUCCUUCAGCCAUUGCUGACAUCGUCUACCUCAAUGGUCAAUUCUAUGCCAUCACUGUCAAUGCGAAAUUGUUGAUUGUUGAUAUUUCCAAUCCUCGUCCAAAGACGAUUGAGUUUGCUGAACCACCAGAGGAUUUUGACAUGUAUGCGAAAUUCUAUCUUGUGGAGUCGGUAGGAGAACUUUUUAUGGUUGCACAGGAUGUUUAUGAGGCUUAUGAAUCUGAGACAAGCAAAAUUGUGACCCAUGAAACAGAUGGUUUUGAUGUUUAUAAGUUCGGUUUUGAUAACAGGAAGUGGACGCAGGUGAAGAGAAGCCUGGAUAACCGUGCUCUGUUUGUGGGUUUUAAUGCCUCCUUCGCCAUCUUCCCCUCUGACAACCAUUUAGGAUGCGAACCCAACUGUAUCUACUACACUGAUAUCGACACAGGUGGUCUUCUCAAUAAUGUCUUACCUAAUUAUAAAUCGAGAGAUGGAGCUGGUAAAGACAUGGGAGUGUUUCGGAUGGAGACCGAGGAAUUGGAUGAUCACUAUGUUGGCCCCGACAUCAUUUCUCGUGUUUGUGCACCUCUUUGGAUUUGUCCUUCUUUCUCCUUGUAG